AUGACGAUGGAAGAGGAGGCUGCGCUGCUUGGCAAGGUAGACUCCACGGAGACAGUGGCUGCCCUUGCGCAAAGCCUGAGCGCAAAGUUCCUGCACGGCUUGGACCUGUUUAGUGACUCGAUUCGAGACGCCGUUGCGGGAUCCUCCAUCUUCCACCACCAUGGACAUGUCCUCUUCAAGGCCAAGUCAGCACUGGAUUUGGCCUUGGCCUUGGAAGCCACAAAAGGGAAAGAGGUCCAGACGGUGACAGUGCGGGACAUGUUCCGCUGGAAACUGUCUGAAGUUGCAUUGAUUGGUGGCCAAUGGGCCAUCAUCGGCUGCUGCAGCGGCAUGAUGUCCAUCUCCAGUGCCGAUGAUAUCCUGGGCCUUCCCACUACCAUGUUCCAUGCUGGAGCCAGCUCGGUCGUCUCAGCCCUGUGA